AUGUCAUGGAUGGACGCCUGGAGUCGUCCUGGAAAGCACGCCGCGGUGCCUCCGCCCUUGUAUCUUACCGACGGGAAUCAUGUCCCAUACUGUCAGACGUGUGGCCGUGUCAUCAGUGCGCGAAAGGCCCAGCAGAGCAAGGUCAGCGUGGUCAAGUAUUGCUCAGACCGAUGCCGGAACCGGAAGCCAGGAGCCAUGGACAGGAGGAUUGAGAGGGCGAUUGUCGCGCUGCUGAACGAGGAGCCGGAGUCUGGGAUUGAGAAGACCGCUGCCAAGGCUAAGGCUGCUAAGGGCGAUCGAAGGGUGAUUGUUACUAUGGAAGAGAUAAAGGAGGUCUUCUUCGGCAACCGCCACGACCCUGCAAAGACGUUUGGUCGAAAAAAGAACCGCGCAGGCCGAGCUCUGGGCAAGGAAGACGAGGAACGGAAGAGCGUCGACAUGGCAGCAUCCGAAGUCAACGGUGGCAUCGGCGGCGAGAAAGGCCGUGCGGAGCGGACAGAAGAGUUUGUCGAAAACCUCGAGAAGCGGCAAGAGGGCCAGCGCCGGGCGGAAGAGAGGGAGAUGGUACGCAGGGCUGCGAGGAGAGGUAUUGUGUUCGGAUUCGUUGUUGAUGAGGGCGUAGGAGCACGACUGGAACAUCAUGGAAAGACCCAGGGACGAAAUGCGCAGUCGCGAAGAGCCGUCGAUGCAGAUCAUGCGCCGCAGACGACUAGAUGGAAGUGUGAAGCUUUGAUGCAGGGUGCGGUCGUGGAACCUAGCUUCGCUAAAGGGGAUUGGGCGAUCAGAUGGCGGGAAGGAUCAGUAGCUUAG